GCUGAAAUGAAAAACACAUAUAUACGCCUUCUUCGCUCAUAUUCUCUCCUUUCUUUUUUCUCUCCCAUCUUCUGUAGAAGUUCUGAAGUACCUUCACCGUGCAUCUCUGGCUUUACUUGGCUACUUCCUUUCGAAUUCUUGUCACUUUGGUGCUGUUUUUGUCCUUCAAAAUGCGUGUUCCUCUCUACCGUGUCGAAGAUAACGAAUCAAGGGCUCGUUUCCGUCAGGGUCGAGGUAUACGGGCAGAGGGAUAUAAAAAAUGGGUCCAUUAUAACCCCCUGACCAGGCGGCAACGGGAAAGUUUGAAAGGAGAGCUUUGGGCUCAUCUCGAUUGGCGUAAUCGUUCUCCGACUCCAUUUAUUUCGACUUCAAGAGAUAGAGACUGGGUGUUUGAUGAAGCAAGUCGCCGCAAGCAAGAGGGAAAGACUAAUGUUAGGGUGUAUAAAAUUAAAGUUCCAGAUGAUCUGGAGAGGUAUAGCAGGAGCAGGAACUGCAGAGUUGUUUUCAAGAAAUUGACGAAAUGGCUUGGCCGGGCUCAUUCGACGCUCCCAUGCUAUGCUCCAGACAAUUGCUCUUGGAAUGAAUAUCUUUUUCUUCAUGAUAUCCCAAGUGACUUGAUCAAAGACAUUACAGAUGAAUGGCGGAGAGAGAUGCUGUGAGGAUAGCGCUUGUGACACAAGUGAUAAGGAUUUUGAGGUUAUGAUGUUGUCUUUGAUGUUGUCUUUGAUGUUGUCUUUGAUGUUGUCUUUGAUGUUGUCUUUGAUGUUGUCUUUGAUGUUGUCUUUGAUAUUGUCUUUGAUAUUGACUUAGACUGGAAUCAACGACCAAGCAAGAACCGGAU